CCUGGCACCUGUUGAGUCACUGGAUGAACGCGGGUGACGCCUUUUUGUGGUGUUUCUGAUAAACGUUUACAAGGAAAAACCUUCGGGUCGGAUUAUCUCUGUUCGAGUGAAACUGGUUUGCCGAGUUUCUCUCUCUCCUUGCCUUUUUUUCCACGUUCGAGAUCCACAAGCGUAACGCAGGAUCAGUGAAAAUCCCCUUCUCAUUCGGGACUGUGUUUUCCCCGGUUCCCUGUCUUUGUUGGUUUGUCUGCCCGAGCACCUCUUCCGGCGCGGUUUCCGUGCUUGUUUGGGUUCGUCUUCACCGUCAUUUCGCGAAUUCCAACUGCUUUCCAUCUCCCACACAAACCACGAGUUGCCCCUUCCGUAGAGAAAACGGCUUUUUCUCACCCCUCGCAAAGCUGCAUAAGGACGCGACGUUUUCUCUCGCUGUGUGUUGGAGUCGCAGGUCCCCCGUUUCCCUUUGCAGCCGGUCCGCGGCUUCUGCUGUGAAAGUCUUCUGAAAAUCGUGUCUGACGACUCUUUUUCGUUGCAUGCAUCGCGAUUUUGACAGCGUUUUCGCGCGCUUCCCUAAGAUGCGAGCUCCACUUUUUCGUGCCGUCUCGCUUUUCCGCGCGUCGUCGCUGUCUCCUGUUUGCGGUUUCUGAAACUGCUGAGUUCGCUACGUGUGUGUCUACCUCCUUUCUCGCGUUUCCCGUUUUCCUCUUUUCCCCUUGUUUCCGUAGAGCGGUUUUCAACGAACUCCCUUUUGCGUUUUCUAUCCAGCUGCACGGGCAGCGAAAACUGAACUCUUCGCCGCUUUUCCGAGUCGCCCGACGCCAUCCUUUCGGCGCGUUUUGCGCCGCCUCAACCUUCUGCAACUCGCACCUCCGAUUCGGUUUUCUUCCGCUUUACUUUCCUCGUCCGCUUCUCCCCAGCAGAAUGAGUGGGCGGGGGCGCGGUCGCGGCGGAUCUCGCGGGCGCGGCAAACCGCGUGGAGGCCGAGGCGCUCGCCGCGUCGCAACUUUCGAGGAGGUGAUGGAGAGAAAUGCCAUGUUGGAACGCAGAGAAACGCGCGAAGAGGAGGCGUCGAGCGAAGAAGAGGAAGAGGACGAAGAAGAAGAGGAGGAGCCCACCAAGUUCAAGAGGCCUCUCGACUUUCUCAGGCAACGAAUGAAGGAGGACGGCGACGACAGCGAAGACGAGGAAGAGGAACUGUCGAUAAACCUGGGAAGCAUGCGCCUGUCAACGGCAAAUCCGAACAGAGACCGACGAGCCAUUGAGAAGACCGGCGUUGUCGAGCUUAGUAGACGGGAGAGAGAAGAGCUGGAGAGACAGAGACGGCAGCGCAUCUACGAGAAACUGCAUGCGGAAGGCAAGACGGCAGAGGCCAAGGCAGAUCUCGCUCGCCUGGCGGAGGUCCGACGGCGGCGCGAGGAGGCCGCGCGCCUGCGUGCUCAGAACGGAGGCGCGUAGCACUCUGGCGUCCUCCGCGGUCGGCUUCUCCGAGACUCCUUCAGAAAAAGUGGAUAGGCAUGGGCCGCGUUAGCCGCCCGCGCGCGGCCACUGAGGAGCCGAAAGGAGACGUCAAGCAGACGGUGUCUGUACACCCAAGCAGCUGCUUGCAGGCAUGCUUUCCUGAGAGGAGACGCUUCCACUUCUUUCCAUCUCCUCGCAACUGCGCGUCCAGUUGCUGCUCAAAAAGAUGGACAAAGAGGCACACAGACACAACCCUGAGCCAUGUAGCGGCAGAUCUCUGCAUGCAAAUGAACGUGCGAGCUUAUACAACGUACUUGUGUAUGCAUAUAUAUAUAUAUAUAUAAAUAUAUAUAUACAUAUGCAUAUAUGAAUGUGAAUUCGUACGUAUAAAUACCUAUGUAUAAAUAUGUAUAUGUAUAUGUAAAUAUAUAUAUAUAUAUGCUUGUAUGUCUACUUUUGUGAAGGUGAAGGGUGGUUGUGUAUUGUAGAGAGGAGUGCAGAGGUUGUGGUGGAUGUCUGCGUUCCUGUCUGGUCAAUGCUUCCCUCAUUUUUUCUGUUGAUGAAAGAGGAACGUGGACAUCUACAACUGAAGACAACUCCGUCUCGACUAUUGUGGGGAGAGCUGGUCGCCAGCGCUGACGGAAUGCGUUGCCGUCGAGAUUCUGCUCGGCUUGUGCGUUCGACGCCGCGCACAGAAGGCAGAGAAAGGUGGAAACUUCUUGCCCGUUUCUCUGCAGGCUUCUCUCCUCUUGCCUUUGUGCUAGAAGAGCAGAUGCCUGCAGAAGUAGCAAGGAAAGAUAUCUUCUUUGCUCGCCUCAAGAGACAUAUAUAAGUUCGGGCAGAGAGCGCAGACCGGCGGAUCGGCCGGAGCAGAGAGACAAGGGGAGAGAGACGCGCUGUCGGUCGCUUUCAGACGCGACGCAGACGAGAAGAAAGCCAGCAUCCCAGUCUUUGGGAGGAACGAUGGUGAGCAUUGGAGAGACGAGACAAGCAAACGAGUAGAGACUGGAUGAGAAGACAGACUCGAGGUUUCGCGAUGAUGAGGGCUCGGCGAAAGGGCAACGACGGAGACAACAGAGCGGCAGAAGCGUGCAGAAGGAAAAGAGAACAUAGAAGAGAGAGGAAAGAGAAUGAGAAGGGAAGAAUAAAAGACAGAAGAACCAGUCAAAGAGGAGAAAGGGUAACGAGAGAGAGCGAGAAGAAAGAUAGAGGGAACGAAGAAAGCGACACAGAAGAAAGAGUACAGGAAAGAGAGAAGAAAGAGUACAGGAAGGAGAGAAGAAAGAGUACAGGAGAGACUGCGGAAGAAGAGACAGAAAUGAAGGCAUCGAAGAGAAAGAAGAGA